AUGGCAAUCCGUGCUCAGUUUGAGGGGAACAAUGAAGUGGGAGUUUUUGCCAAACUGACAAAUAACUAUUGUCUGGUCGGCAUCGGAGGCUCAGAGAAUUUUUACAGUGUCUUUGAGGGUGAACUUGGCGAUACAAUUCCUGUUGUACACGCCAGUAUUGCAGGGUGUCGAAUCAUUGGGCGUAUGUGUGUAGGUAAUCGUCACGGCCUCCUUGUCCCCAACACGACUACAGACCAGGAGCUGCAGCACAUACGUAAUGCUCUACCUGAUUCAGUGAAAAUCUACCGGGCGGAGGAGAAGUUGUCAGCACUGGGUAAUGUCAUCGCUUGCAAUGAUUAUGUUGCCUUGGUGCAUCCCGAUCUUGACAGGGAAACAGAAGAUCUGCUGGUGGACACGCUGGGAGUGGAAGUGUUCCGUCACACGGUGGCCAACAAUGUCUUAGUGGGCAGCUACAUGAGCUUCACAAACCAGGGGGGCAUGGUUCCACCAAAAACAUCCGUAGAAGACUUGGAUGAGCUGUCAUCACUUCUGCAGGUCCCACUUGUGGCAGGGACAGUGAAUCGAGGCAGUGAUGUCCUAGCAGCCGGGCUUGUGGUCAAUGACUGGAUGGCAGUUUGUGGACAUGACACCACCUCCACAGAAAUCUCCGUCAUAGAAAAUAUUUUUAAGUUGAACGAACACGAGCCCUCAAAGAUACAGACACAUAUGAGGGAUGCUUUAGUCGAUACGUUGUCAUAA